AUGGCUCAAGAUCAAGGGUUCGAGCCCUACAACCAGUUCAUCCUGUUUGGUGAUUCCAUCACCCAGAUGGGCUGCAAUCAAGAGAUAGGAUUUGGCUUUCAUGCGGCACUUCAAGAAUCCUACAGUCGGAGACUAGAUGUAGUCAACCGUGGUCUAGCUGGAUAUUCAACCGCCCAUGCCAUUAAGGUCUUUCACAAGUGCUUCCCACCACCACAGCUCGCCAAUGUGCAGUUCAUGACCAUUUUCUUCGGCGCCAAUGAUGCAUGUGUUCCGGGCCACGACCAGCAUGUGCCUGUGGACCAAUAUAAGGAAAAUUUGAGAACAAUCAUCCAGCACCCAGCAACAGUCGCACAGAAUCCACGCAUCAUCCUGAUCAGCCCCCCUCCUGUCAACGAAUAUCAAUUGGAAGGCUUUGAUGCUGCAAAGGACACCCCGCACCCAAGCCGAACGGCUAGCUUCACCAAGGUCUAUGCAGCUGCUGCAUUGGAAGUGGCUGCAUCCCUGAAUGUCCCAGUGGUUGACUUGUGGUCAGCCUUCAUGAAACCCACUGGCUGGCAAGAGGGCCAACCGUUGAUUGGGUCUCGCGAUGCUCCGAGCAAUGAAACAUUUGCUAGCUUUUUCACUGACGGACUGCAUCUGUCAACUGCUGGCAACCGCAUUGUCUAUGAGGAGAUCAUGAAGGUAAUUGGAGACAAUUGGCCGGAUCAGACCCCGGAGGCGCUUCCGAUGGUAUUCCCCUCCUGGGUGGAUGCCCCCAAAUGA